UCACAGACAUGGAUGAACUGGGUGUCGAUUGGCUUCAGUAUAGCUCUCUUCUUUACUGUGGCGCUGUGCUACAAUGCUUCCUGCCCAACCUGUUUCUCUCCAUCCAACACUUAUUGGACCAUGCAGAGGCAGCUGGGAGAUCCUAUAUUCUACCUGCUGUGUGUUGUCACACCUAUUGCCGCUCUUCUUCCCAGAUACUUUUAUAGAGCUUGUCAGGGAACUCUGUUCCCAAACCCUGUCCACGUGGGAAGACAACUGGACAAACUGCCAGUGGACAUGCGCAGGAUCUUCCUGAGUCAGAGCCAGAUGAAGCUGGGCUCCCUCGGGUCACUGUUUGCCCCCCGUGCCCCAUUUUUCCCUCUCUGCAGGCCUUUCCAGAAAGACUACAGGCCUAGGGUAAAACUAACCCACAUGAGUGGCACCAAACAGAAGGAGAAAGCUAUAGCCAGCCCCAUCCCAUCAAAGAGCAUGGAGAUGCGGGACACACCUUUAAGCUCAAAAAACUCUGACAACCAUAUCACACUCAACUUCAGAAUGCAGGAAGAAGUUCAGUCCUGCAGACAGGGCCCAGACAGCCCCCUAUCUGAGAGCUUACACUGCAUGAAGGAACCUUUGAGUCCCAUUACAGGCACUCUGCCGUACACCAAAGACACUCCUGGCUCCAGUACUAUUUUGGAUAGCACAGGCUUGGAGGCCCCGCUGAGCCCAAUAGACCUCUGUCAGGUUGGGUUGCUCACCUCCACUCCAUUGCUUCCUCAAACCGAGACUAUGCAGCUCAAGUCGCCACCCGGAAGUUGUUUUUUGGGACAAAAGCUAGACGACGAAGACCAUUCAAACCAAAAGUCCCUACUGAAACAAGCCGGGGUUGUGGAUCACACUCCGUCUACUAGCUGCCUACAGGAACAUUCACUCAAAACAACAUUUCUAUGAUGCUUUCUACCUGUUACGCUGAUUCAAAUUUGCACAUUAGCUUUAAGAAAUGUUAUUAUAUAUUCAUGAUUAUUUUAUGAAGAUAUAGGUUGGUACUAUACAUGUAUAAAGUUUAGAAUAAAAUUGUUUUAUUUUUUUGAGAAAGAGUGGCCAGCAUAUGCAAACUGGAUGGUCUUAUGAUUUACUUUGACUGACUUUUUAAUUUUUUUUUAAUCCGUCUCAAAAGUGGAGGAGGUUUGUUUCUCGAGGCAGAAGCAGUCCAGAGACAUUCCUUUAUCUGUUUAUUUGAACCUGGAUGUUCUGGCGCACUUUAAAGAACCUUCCUCUCCUACCUUUAGACACUGCUGAUAGCUCUAUACAUUUGUAUUUCCCCAUCCCAGUACUAAAAACAAUCAUAGUACCCUUCAAUGUCUGAAGCUACAGAAAUUUCAGUAAUACUUUACAAAAAGUGUACAAGAGAAGUCCUGAACUAAUACUUCGUUUUGAAUAAAGGCAUGAACUAAUCAAGAACUAAUAGUGUGCGACAGGAGUCAUUAAUAACAGCCUUAACAUCAUGUUAGUACAUAUUUGGUGUACUGUUAGUUAAUACAUUAACACUUUCAGCUCAACUAAACCAAAUUAUUUAUAUUACAAAGAAUGUGAAGUGGCAAACCCUACUCUGACUUUAA